GCGGGCCAGCGAGAUGACGAGCGGCGGAGCACAGGUGCACAGCUUGGUAUCGUUGAUCUUUGAUUUGAACUUCUCUCUCGUCAUCCAGUCUUCGCCAGUAUGUUUCGCAAAGGCAAGUCGGCAAGGAAGGACGACCGUCAGCGUCAGCGCCAGCCGCAACCCAUCGAGAGCGCCAGCCCAUCAAUAGUUGGGACUCAGGGUGCGGGACAGCCUGCUGGUGCUGUGCGAGGCCACACUGCGGGGCCUCGAGACCCACGACCCAACACCGAGCCAGCGAAAUCGCAGCAGCCGCAGCCGCAGCACAAGGGUGAAGCUGCCGCAACCCAGUCAAAGGUGUCUUUCGUCCACCAAGCACCGCCCAAGAGCGCGCCUGGCCACCAGCAUCCCUCGCAACAUCAGGCAUCCGCUCAUCGUCCUGCGAGCAGCCCCAACACAAGCCGCGGUCCCAUUUCUAGCGUAGGCAGCGGGGAGCGUCGGCCUUAUGUUCCUGGCGCCUUCAGUGGUAGACGGACCCUGAUGAGCAGCAGCAGCGAGCACGGCGGUACUCCGCCUAGUAGCAAUAGCGGCUCAAUGACUCUAGUAUCCUCGCACAACACUGCCGUCCCUCCUCCUCAUCACCAGCAGCAGAGGGGUAUCAUGAUGACCAUGUCCGAUGGCGUGGGCGGAGCUAUCCCCUGCCCUUCCCCGGCAGGAGGCUACCCCGAUCCAUUCAGCAUCACAGGCGUGCGUGGGGGUGAUGAGCAGGAGAAGCUUACUUAUGCUCAGCCUCCGACAUCCGAGUUGCACGUCCCUCCUCCCUCGUCUGAUGUCCAUUCAAGCACUUCUUCCUCGUGGGUCUCGGCAAUGAGCGCAUCAACGGGCAUCGUCUACGGCGGCCCACCUCUGGGAAAUGGACAUGGGGCCAAUCGAGCCACCAACCCGUACAAGAUCAAUCACAUCUACGACGAGUAUGCCAGUCUUGGGCCGGAGGAUGACGAUUGGUUGCAUGAUGUCAAGUACAAGAAGAUCCGUAGUCGAAAAGGGGAAAAGAAGAAGGACGGAGCGCAGAACGGCGGGCCGAGGAUUGAAUACGAUGUCGAUAGAUGGAGAUGGCGGAGCUGCUGCUGCUGCAGUUGUCGUGGCAUUGGUGAGUGCGUCUAGCAUUGGUAGUCUAGCCAAGCACGCGCCGAGUGUCGCGUCUUGCUCACUCCUUUUUCUCCCUUUGCCCCCCUCCAGUAAAUAUCACCAUCCUCUUCCUCCUCACCUGCACUCUCGUUGGCCUAUUCCUGGGCUACCCUGUCCUCUCGUACAUCUUUAGCGAAGUUCUACCGCAUCACGGCGGCUUCGGCCUCGGAGGAACAAACGCAUCUGGUCAGGUUCCGUACUUUGGCGAGUCCCUGAGGCAGGGCUUGAUCGAUUAUGAUACUCCCAAGGCGGCCUACAGUAGGAUGAAUUUGGCGGGAACAAAGAAGAUGAAUCUGGUCUUUUCGGACGAGUUUCAAGUUGAUGGCAGGAGCUUUGUGAGUACGCAAAAGAGAAACAGAGGGCGAGACCCCGUGCUGACUUGCGACUUGAGCCUCGUCUAGUAUCCUGGUGAUGAUCCUUUCUGGGAGGCCCUUGACCAGUGGUACUGGGAGACGGU